AACUUUUUUCUUAAACCCUAAAUCAAAACCCUUUGAAUUUGAUUGAUUUUCCAAGACUAUGAGGAGGAACAGAGAGUUGAAAUCUCUACUCUCUCGCUCUCUCCAAUUCUCCACUUCUUCCCAACACACUCUCCCUGGUUUGCUUCAUCCCAGCGACGCCACUUUUUCACCCCCAACACCAUCCCCAACUCCUGAUUUAUCACAAGACUACGCAUUCCUCCGCAACACUUUACUCAAUUCCACUUCCACACAAACCCUCCCUUCCGGUGACUACCCUAACGACGCCGUUUCAAUUUCAAACGCAAUCAGAGCCGGUUUCGACAUCGAAACCAAUCAAUUUUUCAGACAGUUUCGUGGUAGGUUAUCCGAGUCUUUGGUAAUGCAGGUGAUGGAUAAUGUUAACAACCCUGAGUUGUGUGUAAAGUUUUUCUUAUGGGCCGGUCGGCAAAUCGGUUAUUCUCACACCCCACUUGUGUUUGAUAAAUUGCUUGAGUUGUUCGGGUGUAACGGCACUGGAAAUGAUAGAGUGCCUUUGAAGUUUUUGAAGGAAAUUAGGGACGAUGAUAGCGAUUUGCUUCGUAGGUUGCUUAAUUUUCUUGUUCGAAAGUGUUGUCGAAAUGGGUGGUGGAAUAUGGCUUUGGAAGAGAUGGGAAGGCUUAAGGAUUUUGGGUACAAGCCUUCUCAGACUACUUAUAAUGCUUUGGUUCAGGUUUUUCUUAGAGCUGAUAAGUUGGAUACUGCUUAUUUGGUUAAGAGAGAGAUGUUGAGUUAUGGGUUUGUUAUGGAUAGGUAUACUAUUAGUUGCUUUGCUUAUUCACUUUGUAAAAAUGGGAAAUGUAGAGAUGCUUUGGAUUUGAUUGAGGAGAUUGUGCCUGAUACUGUUUUUUAUAAUAGGAUGAUUUCUGGGUUGUGUGAGGCUUUGCUUUUUGAAGAAGCGAUGGAUAUGUUGCAUAGAAUGCGGUCUACUUCUUGCAUUCCUAAUGUUGUUACUUAUAGGAUUUUGCUUUCUGGUUGUUUGAGAAAAGGGCAGCUCGGGAGGUGUAAGAGGAUUUUGAGUAUGAUGAUUACGGAGGGAUGUUAUCCGAAUCGUGAAAUAUUUAAUUCUCUUGUACAUGCUUAUUGUAAAUCAAGGGAUUACUCCUAUGCCUAUAAGUUGUUUAAGAAAAUGAUUAAGUGCGGGUGCCAGCCAGGAUAUCUGGUUUAUAAUAUAUUCAUUGGUAGUAUAUGUAGCAAUGAGGAACAGCCUAGCUCGGAUGUUUUAGAAUUAGCGGAGAAAGCUUAUAGUGAGAUGCUUGAUUCAGGGGUUGUAUUAAAUAAGGUCAAUGUCAGCAAUUUUGCGCGGUGUCUUUGUGGAGCUGGAAAAUUUGAUAAAGCUUUUAAGAUUAUAUGUGAAAUGAUGGGCAAGGGUUUCGUCCCCGAUGAUAGUACUUAUUCUAAAGUGAUUGGCUUCCUUUGUGACGCUUCUAAGGUAGAGAAGGCUUUUUCGUUGUUCGAAGAAAUGAAAAGGAACGGCAUUGUUCCCAGUGUUUACACCUAUACUAUUUUAAUUGAUAGCUUUUGCAAAGCGGGUCUUAUUCAGCAGGCUCGCAAAUGGUUUAACGAAAUGUUAAGCGAAGGUUGCUCGCCCAAUGUGGUGACUUAUACUGCUCUUAUUCAUGCAUACCUGAAAGCAAGAAAAGUGUCUGAUGCAAAUGAACUUUUUGAUAUGAUGUUGCUUGAAGGUUGCAAGCCUAAUGUUGUUACAUAUACAGCUUUAAUUGAUGGUCAUUGUAAGGCUGGGCAGAUUGAAAAAGCUUGUCAGAUCUAUGCCAGAAUGCGAGGUGACAUAGAAUCCUCUGAUAUCGACAAGUAUUUUAAGCUAGAUCAUGACAACUCUGAAGGACCAAAUGUUAUUACAUAUGGGGCUUUGGUAGAUGGUUUAUGCAAAGCCAACAAGGUCAAGGAGGCACGGGAAUUGUUGGAUACCAUGUCGGCUGAUGGUUGUGAGCCUAAUCAUAUAGUGUACGAUGCUGUUAUCGACGGGUUUUGCAAGAUUGGAAAGCUUCAGGAUGCACAAGAGGUAUUUGCAAAAAUGUCAGAGCGUGGAUACAGUCCAAAUUUGUAUACCUAUAGCUCUUUAAUCGAUUGUCUGUUUAAAGAUAACCGAUUGGAUCUUGUUUUGAAAGUGUUGUCGAAGAUGCUAGAGAGUUCUUGCACUCCAAAUGUUGUUAUUUACACAGAGAUGGUUGAUGGCCUCUGUAAAGUUGGAAAAACAGAUGAAGCUUACAAGCUCAUGCUCAAGAUGGAAGAAAAGGGCUGCAAUCCAAAUGUUGUAACCUAUACUGCAAUGAUUGAUGGUUUUGGGAAAUUAGGAAAAAUUGAACAGUGCCUUGAGCUCUACAGAGAUAUGUGCUCAAAGGGCUGUGCUCCAAACUUUAUAACCUACAGGGUUUUGAUAAAUCAUUGUUGCUCAAAUGGCCUUCUUGACGAAGCAUACAAACUCUUGGAUGAAAUGAAACAAACAUAUUGGCCAAAGCAUAUAUUAAGUCACCGUAAAAUUAUUGAGGGCUUCAGCCAAGAGUUUAUCACCUCGAUUGGGCUUUUAGACGAGUUGAGUGAGAAUGAAUCAGUGCCUAUUGAUUCUUUUUACAGAAUUUUGAUUGAUAAUUACAUCAAGGCAGGGAGACUAGAGGUUGCAGUGAAUCUUCUUGAAGAGAUUUCAUCAUCUCCAAGCCUUGCAGUUGCCAAUAAAUAUCUAUAUACUUCUUUAAUCGAGAAUCUGUCACGUGCAAGUAAUGUUGAUAAAGCCUUAGAGCUGUAUGCUAGCAUGAUAAGUAAGAAUGUCGUUCCAGAUCUUAGCACACUUGUCCACCUCAUCAAAGGCCUUAUCAAGGUUGAUAAGUGGCAAGAAGCACUACAAUUAUCGGACAGCAUAUGCCAAAUGGAUAUCCGCUGGCUUCAUGAAGAGGCAUGGUCAAGCUGAAGGAAAAUGGAUACAGGUUUGGACGGAAGACAUGGUUAAGGUGAAAAUGGAUACAGGUUUGGACGGAAGACAUGGUCAAGGUGAAAAUGGAUACAGCUUUGGACGGAAGACAUGGUCAAGCUGAAAAUGGAUACAGCUUUGGACGGAACUUUAUUGAAGAACUGUGGUAAUAACAUCAAUAAUGGAAGCAGAAACAAGAGAUUCUGAAGAAAUUUUGGAAAGACUUUCCAUAUUCCAUUAAUGUUCAAAUCCUGUGUAUUUUGUCCACCCAUCAUUACAUCAUGCUGGGGUAUGAUCGUGGCAUGCAGUAUGCUAAUUAAUGUCAAGAGCUUGGCAGCUGAGGAAUCAGCUUUUUGACAUCCGGCAUUUGGGAAAGCAUCCUUUGUUCUAAAUUUUUCUAUUCAUUUCAAAGUAUGAUAUCUGCUGGAAGACUUGGUGGUUACAGGUCAGAGUUGUGGAAAUAACUUCUAUGCUCACUGCUUACACCUGACAACCUCCGGCUGAAUUGGGGGUUACAGGUCAGAGUUGUGCAAAAAGCUUCUCUGCUUACUGCUUACACCUGACAACCUCAGGAAGAAUUGGUGGUUACAGGUCAGAGUUGUGUAAAUAACUUGUCUGCUCAAUGCUUACACCUGACAACCGCCAGCAGAAUUGGUCGUUACAGAUCAGAGUUAUGGAAAUAACUUGUCUGCUCACUGCUUACACCUUACAACCGCCGGAAGACUUGGUGGUUAUAGGUGAGUUGUAGAAAUAACUUCUCUGCUUACUGCUUACACCUGACAACCGCCGGAAGACUUGGUGGUUACAGGUGAGUUGUGGAAAUAACUUCUCCGCUCGCCGCUUACAACACCUGACAACCACAGACUGCACGCUGGAGGGAUCUUCAUUAGCUGAGCUGCUUUUAUAUUUUGAUGGUGUAUAUAGAUAGGUUGCAGUGGUAGUUUCUAAUUGGAAAAUGUCAUUCAUUUUCUUUCUUGAUCAAUUGGUUUAUUUUUAGGGGGAGUCAUUAUUGAUUUUGGAAGGCAAUUGCCUCCAAUUACACGACCUUCAACCCCUCCAUAUAAAUGAAAGCAACAAUAAGUUUCACACUUGAAUCACAUUUCAUCAUAUAAAUAUAUUAGUAUAAUAUUAUUUUUCAAAAUGAGCUCUACAAAUAUUUAAAAGUAAAAAUUGUUUGGAGAUGUAUAUAAUGAAAUAUUCAAUGAACAAAGUGAGAUUUUGAUCAUUAAAGUAUCUGUAGGUUU